AUGGUUUUUAUGGGAAAUAGUGAGUCCUCUGUCGAAGAGAGGCCCUGGGAUAAGAGAAAUAGUGAGUGCGCUGUAGAAGAGAGGCUGUGGGAUAAGAGAAAUAGUAAGUGCGCUGUAGAGGAGAGGCUGUGGGAUAAGAGAAAUAAUGAGCCUGCUGUACAAGAGAGGCUCGGGGAUAAGAGAAAUAGUGAGUCCACUGUCGAAGAGAGGCUCUGGGACAAGAGAAAUAGUGAGUGCACUGUAGAAGAGAGGCUGUGGGAUAAGAGAAAUAGUGAGUCUGCUGUAGAAGAGAGGCUUUGGGAUAAGAGAAAUAAUGAGCCUGCUGUAGAAGAGAGGCUCGGGGAUAAGAGAAAUAGUGAGUCUGCUGUAGAAAAGAGUCUCGGGGAUAAGAGAAAUAGUGAGUAUGCUGUAGAAGAGAGGCUGUGGGAUAAGAGAAAUAGUAAGUCCGCUGUAGAAGAGAGGCUCGGGGAUAAGAGAAAUAGUGAGUCCGCUGUAGAAGAGAGGCUUCGGGAUAAGAGAAAUAGUGAGUGCGCUGGAAAAGAGGGGCUGUGGGAUAAGAGAAAUAGUGAGUGUGCUGUAGAAGAGGGGCUCUGGGAUAAGAGAAAUAGUGAGUCUGCUGUAGAAGAGAGGCUGUGGGAUAAGAGAAAUAGUGAGUGCGCUGUAGAAGAGAGGCUGUGGGAUAAGAGAAAUAGUCUGCUGUAG